AUGGCUUGCGAUUCCACUUCUGCUUUCGAUUGGGGCUGCCCACACAUACCUGCGGUGAGACGCUGGCAUCAUCAUCUUAUCUACCCCCGAGCCAAAGGCUAUGCCUUUGCUUCGAAUUUGGUAGCGACCUUGAAAGAAUGGGACAUCUUAGCAAAAAGUCCGAGCCUCGGUCGGAAGUACAUGUUCCGUAAGCUUAAUUCAGGGGUAAUCACGAAAGGACCGAUGAUCAGACUUGGACGUGGGUGUAGCUAUACCCGUGGAUAUUCUGGUACGCUGUUGACGGGUAAUUACCAACUAAAGAGCGUACAGUAUAAGUAUUUGCUGUUCUUCUGCGAUUCAAGACCGACAAUACAAGUGGCACGACAAGAACGAUAUGAAGAAUUUGGUAACACGCUCCGAACGUUGUAUGAGGGUGAAGAUGAUCAAUUCUUCAUUCGAGCCCAGGUUGAAAUCAGGGAACAGAUUCAAUUCGAGGCUGCUCAGCGAAACAAUGAAGAAGCUCUUGGCCAUGCUCUGGUGGAGUGA